UUGUUUUGUUUCUUUUUUUAUUUACAGGAGGACACUGCUUGUCGCGACAGCUUCUGUCAGGUGAAUGGUCCAGCUCAGCUUGUCGCUUGCCCUUCUGAACGUCCGCAGAGUGAUCAGGCAAUCUGGACUCGCCAUGAAGCCGCGUCAGAUACUACUCAGAAUUUGCCGGCCCGGAAAAAGUUGACUGAUGCUUCAUUUAACUUUGGAAUUAUGCAAGAGGACAUCGAGCUCAAGCAGACAAGCAUGAUUUCGGAUACAAGUCUUCUGAAGCAGAAACAGGCGCCGGCUAGACAGUCAAUUGGCAACUCGAGCACCUUUGCUGCCCGUCGCUAUUGUCCCCGGGCCUCGGCGGCCAGAUGGAGUUUGGCUGAAUCUAUGGAGGAUUGCUCACGUGUGCUGACGAAUCAAGCGAUUGAAAGACAUGCAGAGGUGGAAGUGGUGGGCCGAGUUAUUUGCCCGCGUGUGAAGAAGUCAGAGAGUGGAGUGGACGUGGAAAGCGACAUCGAGGCAGAGGUCGAAGAGGAAGAGGAGGAGGAGAAAGAACUGAUCCCAGAAAGCCUCCGAGACGACCGAACAUUGAAGGGUGGCUCUGAGAUCCUCAGCUUUAGAACCAUUCUCAACGCGCGAGCGGUACCUCAACCACUGGAACCGGCUGUUUCAUCCAAAAGACAGCAUAUUGGGAGGCGAUAG